GACUGCAGACUGCAGACUGCGGUCCGGGCCUUUCCUCCCGACACCCCGCCCUCCCCGGGGGGGUGCCGCCCUCAACCAGUUCGGCAGGGCAGGCGGGUCUGAGAUGGGCGGGGAGCCCUGACAGCCUCCGCACCUUCCCUGGCUCCUCCUCCCCCUCCCCCCACCGCCCGUGCCGGGCACUCAGGCCUCGCUGAGCGGGGCGCCUGGUGCCCGAGGCCCGGACGUCAGGGGUCCCCCGGGUGACCCCCGAGCAGGGCGCGCGGCCCCGGUGCGCCCCAGGGCCAGGAGCCCUCCUCGGGGCCGGGGCCAUGCCGCCUGGUGCCCGCUGAGCCCCCAGCAUGGCCCGCGCGCUGACCUGGCGCUGCUGCCCCUGGUGCCUGACCGAGGACGAGAAGGCGGCCGCCCGGAUCGACCAGGAGAUCAACAGGCUCCUCCUGGAGCAGAAGAAGAGGGACCGUGGCGAGCUGAAGCUGCUGCUGCUGGGCCCCGGCGAGAGUGGGAAGAGCACGUUCAUCAAGCAAAUGCGCAUCAUCCACGGGGCGGGCUACUCGGAGGAGGAGCGCAAGGGCUUCCGGCCGCUCAUCUACCAGAACAUCUUCGCGUCCAUGCAGGCCAUGCUGGAAGCCAUGGACUGGCUGCAGAUCCCCUUCAGCAGGCCCGAGAGCAGGCACCAUGCCAGUCUGGUCAUGAGCCAGGACCCCUACAAAGUGACCACCUUCGAGAAGCCCUACGCUGUGGCCAUGCAGUGGCUGUGGACGGACGCCGGCGUCCGGGCCUGCUAUGAGCGUCGCCGCGAGUUCCACCUGCUCGACUCGGCCGUGUACUACCUGUCCCACCUGGAGCGCAUCACUGGGGAGGACUACGUGCCAACGGCACAGGACGUGCUGCGGAGCCGCAUGCCCACCACUGGCAUCAACGAGUAUUGCUUCUCUGUGCAGAAGACCAACCUGCGGAUCGUGGACGUCGGGGGCCAGAGGUCGGAACGCAAGAAGUGGAUCCACUGCUUCGAGAACGUGAUCGCGCUCAUCUACCUGGCCUCGCUCAGCGAGUACGACCAGUGCCUGGAGGAGAGCGACCGAGAGCAGAACCGAAUGAAGGAGAGCCUGGCCCUGUUCGGGACCAUCCUGGAGCUGCCCUGGUUCAAGAGCACGUCCGUCAUCCUCUUCCUCAACAAGACUGACAUCCUGGAGGAGAAGAUCGCCACCUCCCACGUGGCCACCUACUUCCCCAGUUUCCAGGGCCCGAAGCAGGACGUGGAGGCGGCCAAGAAGUUCAUCCUGGACAUGUACACUAGAAUGUACGCCAGCUGCGUGGACAGCGCCGACGGGGCCCGCAAGGGUCCGCGUUCCCGGCGGCUCUUCAGCCACUACACGUGCGCCACGGACACGCAGAACAUCCGCAAGGUCUUCAAGGACGUGCGGGACUCGGUGCUGGCCCGCUACCUGGACGAGAUCAACCUGCUGUGACCCAGGCCCCGCUGCCCCGGGCUCAGGCCCGCGCGUGGCGGCGGGGGGGCGGGGGGGGGGCCGCGAACCGGUGCUCAGUGAGCCCAGAUGCCCCUUGUCGCUCAGCCCCAGGUCCUGGGGGCAGAAGGGCUGUGACAGUGGGGGGUUGAAGGCCGGGUGUGGCCCCAUCCUUUCUCUGCCCCUCACUAGGACAGCCCUUGGGUUUGCCCUCCGUUGACUCAGUUUACCUCCUUGGAAAGGGAGCGCAAGGGCCACUUGGGAUGGCAGGGUGCAGGAAGAAGAGGGAGAGCAGAGGACGGAGGACGUGUCCCGUCCCGCGGAGGUCCUCUCCUGGGCAAAGGCCGGGACCUCCGCGGAGGUACUGCCCUCCGCCCCGAGAUGGGGGAGUGGCCUUCCGUCCGAGGGACCGGGCUCUGGCGCCCCCUUGCGGGCAGGAGGCGGCACCGACCCGUCGGAGGCCUGGGUAGCUCAGGGACUUCCCCGCUCCUGGCUGGAAAAAAAAAAAAAAGACCCUGAAAAACGCCGUCCCUUUCACAGUCCGAGGCUCACAGUGUGUCCUGCCCUGAUUACAGACGAGGCCCACAGGCUUCCCGCUGGGGGCCGGGCGCACUGCCUCUCACAUCCCUAAUGUAUUUAUUCCCGUCCCUUACGUGGGGCGCCUUGCAGGACAUUAAAGAGACGACAGUCUGGA